AUGGCGUUUCGCCCCCACGAAGGGCAAGGCCAAGGCCAAGACCAAGACCGCGCGCGCCAACUUCUUGCGCGCGACGGCAGACGGCACCGCACCGCACCGGCAGCUACGACUUCUCCAGCGCCACCUCCAGCUCCAAGAUCUAGGAAUAAAAGGUCUACAUCUCAGAGUAUUAGCUCUGGAACUUGUGAUAGUCCAGCCACACAAGCAUCCGUAGCAGCGUCAGUUUCAGUGAUCGGUUCCAGUGCUCCUAUUGUUGACAUUGACACCAGUUGCACUGGCGCUGGCACUGGCACUGGCCCAGCCCAACCUGGUGGUGCACCAGCAACAGACACACCUGCAGCUCCAGUUAAUAUCGGCGAAGAUGAUCAAGAUGAUGAAGAGCAGGCUCAUCUUUCUGGCAAGAGGUACAAAAAAUGCACAUCACAUGUCUUGAAGUAUUUCACCAAGAAAAAGGAGUUUAUAGAGGUGGAUGGAAAGCAGUAUGAGCGGCUGUGGGGGUACUGCAAUUUCGCUAGGUGCAAUAAGAGGUACAGAGCUGAGGGCCCUUGUGGGACGACUACAUUCAAGAGCCAUUUGAGGUCAAAGCACAGUAUUGUGGAGGGACAACAACAGCUUAAUGUUGGUAAGAACACUGGUUCUGAAAUUGCUCAUAUCGUGCCUUUCAAAUAUGACCAAGAAGUUAGCUUGAGGAAAUUGAACUUGGCAAUCACCAUGCAUGAAUAUCCUUUCAAUAUAGUUGAGCAUGAGUAUCUUGUUGAUUUCAUAAAAUCUCUUCGGCCUAGCUUUCCGAUAAAGUCUCGUGUCACUGUUAGGAAAGAAAUAAUGGACAGAUAUCUUGAAGAUAAGGAAACUUUGUAUGCACACUUAAAAACUAUCAAGUGUCGCUUUAGUGCAACAAUGGACAUGUGGACCUCAUGCCAAAACAAAGGAUACAUGUGUGUUACAAUUCAUUGGAUAGAUGAUAAUUGGCGUAUCCAAAAGAGAAUUAUUGGUUUCUUCAAUGUAAAAGGUAGACAUACUGGUGCUAAGUUAUCUGAGACAUUCAGUGAAGUUAUGGUUAAAUGGUACAUUGAGAAAAGAUUGUUUGCAUUGACUUUGGAUAAUGCUAGUUCAAAUGAAGUGGCUGUCAAUGAUAUAAUUUCAGAUCUAAAAGAGAAUGCAAAGAAAACUAGUAGUGUGGCUGCACCUGGACCUAGUAACACAGCUGAUGUAUUAAUGGGAAAUGUAGACCAUGACCUAGAAGAAUUCCUAUAUGAUGAAAGUGAACAUGCUAUAGUUGAGACAAAUGAGUUGGAGAGGUAUAUGGGGGAACCACUACUGAAUAUUGUUGGUGAGUUUGACAUCUUAGCUUGGUGGAAAAACAAGAGAGAAGAGUAUCCUAUCCUUUCACAGAUUGUUCGGGAUAUAAUGGUUGUACAAGUAUCAACGGUAGCAUCCGAGUCUGCAUUUAGUGCUGCUGGUCGUGUUGUUGAUCCCUAUCGCAGUCGUCUUGAUCCCGAGAUGGUACAUGCAUUAAUUUGCACAAAGGACUGGGUUGCCGCAGCAAAUGCGAAAGUGGUUGGAUCAAUUGUGAGUGAUCUUGAAGUUGAUGCUUUGACUAAUGUUGUGGCUAAACUGAAAAUUGAGGACAGGGACAAGAAGGGCGAUGGGGACUCUGAGGAGGACAAUGAGGAUGCAAAAGACAUGGAGAGCGAUGGGAACUCUGAUCCUGACAUCAUGGAUGAUGCUGAUGAGCUCUAG